AUGGCCACAAAUGACAACGGGACUAACGGCGUGGAAACGGAAAUCGCCAAGGGCGAGCGGGAUGACGUAUUCGAAGACUACCCGCGUUUGGAAAGGAAAAGGCGCAAUGUACCGCGAGUUUCCGCGACAUCCGCGUCAACUCGGAUCGCAGAACUAGCACGGCCGACGAAGCAGCGCGCGCUGAACACGCUGAACGAAAAAGCGAUGACGUUGCCGCCGGCGUUCGUGGAUAAUCUCGUCAAGAUCGUCGAAGCCGAGUCCUGCUUAACUCCGGAAGAAGCCGCGCGAAUUCGUCGCCAAAAGGAGCGCAGAACGAGGAAGGCGACGCGACUACCGCUCAGGAAGAAACGAACCGCAGAAGAGAUCGCGGAAUUCGCGGAGGAUAUCACGCGCGCAACGACGCUGGAUCAUGACGCAACGAUAUCCCAGUACCAGAUGGCGGAACGUUUAGUCAAGAGUAUUUUAGAAUAUCGGCGCGAGACGCGGGAGGGCAUCCCCGAGAUCGCAGACGUAUUAAUGAAGCGUUUAAUAUCGAUUGAUGGAUACGCGGACACAAAAAACGGCGACCGUGCGACGCAGCAGUUGCAACUUUUAGCAAACGUGGUAGCCCGUUGGAUAACUGACGUACUUGCCGAAGUUGCUGAGACCUAUAAGGAAGCUAUAAAAGAGUAUUAUAAGAAAAGGAAGAUGCGAAGAUUGGACGUGAAUAAUAACAACAAAACUAACAAUAAGAAUAAGAAAACUGAGAAUUGGAAGCAGAUGGGUCAGAUGAAAGAAAUAGAAAAGCAGGAGGGGAAAAAUUAUGAGACAACAAAGAGAAACAAUCCGGCGAAAGAGAAAAACGAAGAUGAGCAAAAGGGGGAUGAGAGCGGCAAAGAAAAAGACGAAGCAAAGGAGAAGGCGAGAGAGAGAGAACAGUUAGAUGACAGAGAAGCGAAAAGUGAGAGGGUGACAGAAGAAACGGUUGAAAGAGAAGAGAAGGACGAAGAAACUAAGAAAAGAGAGAAAGGAGAAGAGGGCAAAGAAGUGCGUGAAAAUGAAGAGAAAUAA